AUGCUAAUCGAUUAUAACGUCAUAUCAACCGUCAUAUUUUUUCUCGAAAUUCUCCCGAUCGCUGCGAUCAGGCCGCCAGCCGCGGGGCCUACCAUACUACACAAUUGUAAUGGCAAGAAAUUUAAACAUUCAAAUGUGGUGGCCACAGCAAAGGUAGCCUUGAAGGCAAUCAAUGAUUACAAGUCAGGGGCAAAGAAAAUCAAUAUAAAUACGGACUUAAGGAUUGAAAAGUCAUUUUUUGACCCCCAGACCAAAAAAUAUAGAACUUCAUUCAAUUGGCCUCUAAGAUCAAGUACUAGAAAAUUUGCCCCAGGUACAAAAGGCCGAUAUCGCAUUAUUUUGUCGGAUUCUGGAUACUUAAACGAUGUUGCCUAUUAUGAUAGUAACAAAGAAUUAAGAUCAUGUGAUGUGAUACGGUCAUUCUAG